AUGGGUGUUGAAUUGGGUCAUAAGUUUUCUCAGGCUAUUUUGCAUCCACAUGGGAUUGGCAUGAAAACCUGGGGAGACAUUUCAAGGAGGUUGAACAAUGAAUCCACUUUGUCUUUGAAGAUGGCUAGGCCAUUCCUUUUGCAUGGUGUUGCCUUGUGCCCUGGUGGCUUUGGAUCUCAGAUCCCAAUCCCCAGGUCAGGGUCUGAAGAACUGUUGAAAUCCAAGCUUGGAAUCAUUAGUUCAUAUGCUGAUGCAACUGAAGGGUUCAUUACACAUGGAUGGAUAACGAAUAUUGAAAAGUAUGGAUGCUUUGUCCGGUUCUAUAAUGGAGUACAAGGAUUUGCGCCCAGAUCUGAACUUGGGUUAGAUCCAGGGUGUGAUGUUAGUUCAAUGUAUCAUGUUGAGCAAGUUGUCAAAUGUAGAGUUACAAGUUCCAUUCCUGUUUCACGGAGAAUCAACCUUAGUUUCAUUAUUAAACCUGCAAGAGUGUCAGAGGAGGACGUGGUCAAACUGGGCAGCCUUGUUUCUGGAAUUGUUGAGCGUGUAACCGCUAAUUCUACAAUUGUAAAUGUCAAUUUCAAAGGGUACAUGAAGGGUACAAUCUCUUCUGAACAUCUAGCAGAUCACCAUGGGCUUUCUGCUUUGAUGACAUCAUCCUUGAAGCAAGGGUAUGAGUUUGAUCAACUAUUGGUCCUUGAUAUUGAGGGCAGCAACUUGAUACUCUCUGCGAAGCAUUCUCUUAUUAACUCAGCUCAAAAGCUCCCUGUGGAUGUCACUCAAGUUCGACCUCACUUGGUGGUGCAUGGGUAUGUGUGCAACUUAAUUGAAACUGGUUGCUUUGUACGUUUCAUUGGGCGUUUGACUGGUUUUGCUCCCAAAAACAAGGCUACUGAUGACCGAAGAAGCGAUCUUUCUGAAGUCUUCUAUAUUGGACAAUCUGUUCGCAGCAACAUACUCAAUGCUAGUAGUGAAACGGGUAGGAUAACACUCUCUCUAAAGCAGUCAUUGUGCUGUUCGACAGAUGCGUCUUUUAUUCAAGAAUACUUUCUGUUGGAAGAGAAGAUUGCCAAGCUGCAAUCAUCCCACUCCAAGGGUUCUGAGUUAGAAUGGGUUGACAAUUUUAAUAUUGGUAAUGUUGUCGAAGGAAAAGUUCAUGAGACAAAGGAUUUUGGAGUUGUCGUCAGUUUUCGGAAGUAUAAUGAUGUUUUUGGCUUCAUAACACACUAUCAGUUAAGUGGGAUAACUUUGGAAACUGGCUCCACUGUUCGAGCUGCAGUUCUUGAUGUUGCUAGGAUAGAACGUCUUGUGGAUUUAUCUUUGAAGCCAGAUUUUGUUGAUGUACUCAAAGGAGAGAGUUCUGAUGUCCAAACGCAGAAGAAGAAACGCAAAAAGGAAGCACACAAAGACUUGGAGGUGCAUCAAACUGUGAAUGCAGUAGUGGAGAUAGUGAAAGAGAAUUACUUGGUUCUUUCAAUACCAGAGUAUAACUUUGCUUUAGGAUAUGCAUCAAUAACUGACUACAACACUCAAAAGUUCCCUCCAAAGCAAUUUGUUAAUGGACAGAGUGGGUUUGGAAGUAAAUGGUUUAUUUGGUGCAGUGUCAUUGCGACCAUCAUGGCUCUUCCAACCCCUUCGACAUCUGGGAGGUUGCUUCUACUUCUUAAAUCUAUUAGUGAGGUUGCGGAGACUUCCACUUCAAAGCGGGCAAAGAAGAAAUCUGGAUAUAAUGUGGGAUCACUUGUCCAGGCAGAGAUUACUGAAAUAAAGCCUCUUGAACUGAGAUUGAAAUUUGGAUCUGGUUUUCAUGGGAGGGUGCACAUAACAGAGGCAGUUGAUAAUAAUGUUACUGAAGAUCCUUUUAGUAGCUUCAGAAUUGGGCAGACACUGACUGCAAUAAUUGUUUCAAAGUCUAAUAUGACAGAAAUCAAUAGAAGAAACUAUCAAUGGGAGUUAUCCAUCAAACCCUCAAUGCUUACAGGCUCCAGUGAAAUAGGGGACAGACUUAUGAAUAGAGAUUUCAAAUAUACUGUUGGUCAACAUGUUACUGGUUUCGUGUAUAAAGUGGACGCUGAAUGGGUGUGGCUAGCAAUAUCUCGAGAUGUGAAGGCUCAACUUUAUAUUCUUGACAGUUCAUGUGAACCUACAGAACUCCAGGAAUUCCAAAAAAGGUUUUUUGUGGGAAAAGCUCUUUCUGGCUAUGUUUUAUCUGCUAACAAGGAGAAGUCGUUGUUACGUAUUGUUCUGCAUCCAUUGGUGGCUGUUUACAAUGGAACUCUUGGUCAUGAAGAUGAUUCAGGCAACCUUUCAACUGCAAAUGCAACAUCCCAUAUUCGUGAAGGUGAUGUAGUGGGUGGUAGGAUAUCCAAGAUACUUCCAGAUGUUGGUGGCUUACUUGUUCAAAUCAAUCCACACCUAUAUGGUAAGGUUCAUUUUGCCGAACUGACGGACUUAUGGGUGUCUGACCCAUUGUCUGGAUAUCAUGAAGGAAAAUUUGUGAAAUGCAAAGUCUGUGCAAUUAGCUUUUCGGCCAAGAGCACUCUCCAUGUUGAUUUGUCAUUACGCUCGUCUUUAAAUCACAUGGAUGAUCAAAAAUUUGGUGGACUCAGCGACAAUGUGAAUUCUUCUAGCCAACGUGUAGAAAAGAUCGAGGAUCUUCAUCCAAAUAUGGUUAUACAGGGCUAUGUUAAGAGCAUCACGCAAAAAGGAUGUUUCAUUAUGCUUUCCCGCGAGGUUGAUGCCAAAAUCCUCCUCUCAAACUUGUCAGACAGCUAUGUCGAAAAUCCCCAAAAAGAAUUCCCUAUUGGAAAACUUGUCAUUGGAAGGGUUGUAUCCGUGGAGCCACUGUCUAAGCGAGUGGAAGUCACCCUUAAGACAUCAGGCGCAAUCACUGUAUCAAAGGCUGACAUAAAUGAUUUUAAUAGUCUUAAUGUUGGUGAUAUUAUUUCUGGAAAGAUCAGGCGUGUUGAGUCAUAUGGUUUGUUUAUCACAGUUGAUCACACAAACCUGGUCGGGUUAUGCCAUGUUUCACAGCUUUCUGAUGAUCAUAUUGACAGCAUUGAAACUAUCUACAGAGUAGGGGAGAGGGUGAAGGCGAAGAUUUUGAAGGUUGAUGAGGAUAGACAUCGAAUUUCUCUGGGGAUGAAGAGGUCAUAUCUUGGGGAUGAUAUAGACACUCAAACGCCAUCAAGACAAAGGUCUGAUGAUGCCAUUGAAGAUAACGAUUUAGUCGGCACUGAGUCAAUGCACCAGAACAAUAUAUCUAAGAUUAAGAAUGUGGAUAUUUUAUCUGAAGUGGAAGAACAUCCCAUUCUUGCUGAAAUGGAAUCAAGGGCCUCUGUACUUCCACUUGAGGUUCCUCUUGAUGAUGAAGACAACUCAGAGAUGGAUAAUAUUGUUAAUCAACAGAGAGAGUGCAUUAAUGAAGCAAAAACCAUAGAUGAGAAGAACAAGAAACUGGCACAGAAGAAAACAAGGGAAGAUAGGGAGCGAGAGAUCAGGGCUGCUGAGGAAAGACUACUUGAGAAAGAUGUACCAAAGAGUGCUGAUGAAUUUGAGAAACUGGUUCGAAGUUCCCCGAAUAGCAGCUUUAUCUGGAUAAAAUACAUGGCUUUUAUGCUCUCUCUGGCUGAUGUGGAGAAGGCCCGCUCAAUUGCUGAGAGGGCUUUGAGGACAAUAAAUGUCCGAGAAGAGUCCGAAAAGCUGAAUAUUUGGGUUGCAUAUUUUAAUUUGGAGAAUGAAUAUGGAAAUCCGGCUGAGGAUGCUGUUUUGAAAGUAUUCCAAAGAGCCCUGCAGUAUUGUGAUCCCAAAAAGGUGCAUGUGGCACUGUUGGGAAUGUAUGAAAGGACUGAGCAACACAAGUUGGCUGAUGACCUUCUUUACAAGAUGGUCAAAAAGUUCAAGCAGUCAUGCAAGGUUUGGCUACGGAGAGUUCAUUGGCUCUUAAAGCAAAACGUUGAUGGAGUCCAGUCUACUGUAAAUCGUGCUCUUCUAAGCCUUCCCCGACAUAAGCAUAUUAAGUUCAUCUCACAGACAGCUAUUCUUGAGUUCAAGACGGGGGUUGCUGACAGAGGGCGGUCUAUGUUUGAGGGAAUGCUUCGGGAGUAUCCGAAGAGAACUGACUUGUGGAGUGUUUAUCUUGAUCAGGAGAUUCGACUCGGUGACAUGGAUCUGAUACGUGCUCUAUUCGAGAGGGCAGUAAGUUUGAGUCUUCCACCUAAAAAGAUGAAGUUCUUAUUCAAAAAAUAUCUCGAGUAUGAAAAGUCUGUCGGUGAUGAAGAACGGAUAGAAUCCGUGAAGAGGAAAGCAAUGGAAUAUGUCGAGAGUACUCUUACUUGAUAUUGGUUUUUUAACUUACAAUUUUGCGGGUAUCGUACCAAGAGGAAGCAGAUGGGCAGAGUUAUGUAUAUGUACCAAAAUUAUUAGUAUUGAACGCUGUUUCAUUGUUGAAUAUGAAAUAUGAAUGCAAAAAAUUGAAGUGAGAAUAACAUUGACCUC